AUCCGCCCUCCGUACUUUCUAUAUAAAAAUAUGUUCAUAAAGGUCAUUUUAAUUUGAACUUGUUUGCAAAGCGGAGAGAGACGGGAUCUGAUCAUCUGAGAGCCUCUUCUUACUUGUUUCUUCCAGGUGUGGCCAUGGGAGACCUUGUCUAAACCCUAACCCUAGCUGCCGGCAGUUGUCCCGCUUACCGAUAUACUCUCUAUCGCUCCCCGCCCAUCCUUCGGACGAGCGGCGGCGGUGGAGUCGGAGCCGGAGCCGGGAUGGAGAAUCACAAGAGAAAUGUUCCCCGUCCUCGGGUUCGAGUAACGGCUAAGAAGCGGGGGAAGGAGUCGGAAUCCUCCACAGGAUCCUCGAAAAAGCCGCGGAAAGGAGAGUGCGUGAAUUCAGUCACCAAGCUCCAGCGGCGCGAGAUCGGAGGGUUUCCUAGAAUCGCUCGGGGCACCUCGUCGAAUGCACCCGAGAAAUUCCGGAACAUACAGCUUCAGGAGGAAUUUGAUACCUACGAUCACAAUGUUCAUUGGUUUUUAAAAUUACAAUUUCUCAAAAAGAGAUCUAAGAUCAUAGAGAUCGUUGCUGCAAAGGACGUUAUAUUUGCUCUUGCUCAGUCUGGUCUCUGUGCAGCCUUUAGUCGCACAACUAACAAACGCAUAUGCUUCUUGAAUAUAAGCCCUGAUGAAGUAAUUAGAAGUCUUUUCUAUAACAAGAACAAUGAAUCACUGAUCACAGUAUCAGUUUAUGCUUCCGACCACUUCAGUUCUUUGAAAUGUAGGACCACUCCAAUAGAAUAUAUAAGGCGGAAUCAACUUGAUGCUGGAUUCGCGCUUUUUGAGACUGAAUCUCUAAAAUGGCCAGGAUUUGUUGAAUUUGACGACGUCAAUGGCAAAGUUCUUACCUAUUCAGCUCAGGAUGGAAUAUACAAGGUUUUCGACCUAAAGAACUACUCCUUUUUGUACUCCAUAUCUGAUAAAAAUGUACAGGAGAUUAAGAUCAGUCCGGGGAUCAUGUUAUUGAUAUGUCGUAGAAGUCCUGGUUUUGUUCCAUUAAAGAUUCUUUCAAUUGAAGAUGGCACAGUUUUGAAGUCUUUCAAUCACUUGUUACACCGAAACAAAAAAGUCGACUUCAUCGAGCAGUUCAAUGAAAAGCUUCUAGUAAAGCAAGAGAAUGAAAAUCUUCAGAUUCUAGAUGUUAGGAAUUCAGAAUUAACUGAAGUUGGAAAGACACAAUUCGUGACUCCUUCGGCUUUCAUCUUCCUCUAUGAGAAUCAUCUUUUCUUGACAUUUAGAAACAGGACGGUUGCAGUUUGGAAUUUCCGCGGAGAAUUAGUCACCUCCUUUGAUGAUCACUUGUUGUGGCACCCUGACUGUAACACAAACAACAUCUAUAUUACCAGUGACCAGGAUUUGAUAAUCUCGUACUGCAAAUCAGAAGGCUGUGAAGAUGAAGCUUCUGCGGUUGGAUCAAUCAACAUGAGCAAUAUUCUUACUGGAAAGUGCAUCGCCAAAAUAUCAGCAAAUGACCCAUUAAUACAGAUGAGUCCGCGGAAAGGAGGAGAUGCGAGUAGAUCUUCCAUUAGGUGUAGCGUUCGUGAAGCCCUGGAAGAUGUUACAGCAUUGUUCUAUGAUGAGGAUAGGAAUGAGAUCUACACUGGAAACAAACAAGGAUUGAUACAUGUCUGGUCAAAUUAAAGCUUUUCCUGCCCUCAAUGUUAGCUUGGAAUUCAAGUAAAUUUAGCUGUAAGAUAUGUGCCAAUUUUUUCUUCAGAGACGAAGGUGCUCGUGCAUAUCAUCGUAGGAAAUUAGGGCAUGUAUAAUUGUUUCUUUUUUUGACAUUUCUGCUGGAACUUUGCAUGGUUUGUGUGGCACUUGGUAAUGUAAUAUUGGCCAUGUAAUGUGAUGUAUGAUAGUCUGAACGAUUAGGUUGAUUAUUCUUUCUCUUGAGAGCUGAUGGGAAGAUCUUAUUUGCUUGUUA